UCGUACUAUGCAAUGUCGUCUCCCCCAAUCUUGCUUCCUUCAGUUGUAGGAGGUUUUACAAUUUUUGUGAAAUCCGAUAUAAUUCUGUAAACCCACUUACAAUCCACCGUGGUUAAGACAAUACCAAAUAGUCACAUAAAGUCUUAGUGUAUUGUAUGAAUCAGAGUUUAUGCUAAACUGCAGUGCAGUUGGUUUAUUUGGGAAUAGCACGGUUUGUUUCUUAAGAUGGUUUUCAUUAAGCAAGGCCCAUCCUAUUCUGUUUAGGAUGCUGAUGUCAUCUAGCAAUGGCUCCCAGGUUAUUCAGGACGUGGAAGAAGGACAUUUCCCCAUUCAUGUGAAUAAUGUGCGAAGUAAAUUGAGAGAGCUAGUGGGAGCAUCCACCAAUUGGAGAGACCAUGUGCAAGCAAUGAAUGAAAGAAAAGCCUUACAUACACUUCUUGCUAAAACCCAGGGUGACCUUCCUCCUAGGAAAAUGAAAGACAGCUAUAUAGAAGUUAUCUUGCCUUUAGGAAGUGAGCCCGAAAUAAGGGAAAAAUAUCUCAAUAUGCAAAACACUGUCAGAUUUGGUCGUCUACUUGAAGACCUUGACAGCUUAGGAGUUCUUAUUUGUUAUACUCACACAAAAAAUGAAGCUACUCCAAGAUCUCCUUUAUCAAUUGUUACAGCACUUGUGGAUAAAAUUGGUUUAUGGAAGCAGCAUAUUCAUCCGGAUUGUGAUAUCAAGUUCACCGGGAAUGUUUCCUGGGUUGGAAAAACUUCAAUGGAAGUGAAGAUACACAUGCUUCAGUUACUUGAUGGAGGAAUCUAUUGCCCUGUGUUAGAUGCAACUUUUGUCAUGGUGGCCCGUGAUCCAGAAAAUAAAAGACCAGCAUUUGUCAAUCCAUUAAUAGUUAAAACCCCAGAGGAAGAAAAAAUCUUCAAUGAAGGAGAAAAGAACAAGAUCAGGCGACUUGAAUCUAGUAGGGCUUCUUUAUUGAAGGUUGCUCCUACUGCAGAUGAAAGAAAUAUUAUCCACAAUAUGUUCCUGAAUACUCUGGAUUCAAGGACAGUAAGUUUUCGUAGUCGGGUAUUGCUACCCAAUUCUGUAUGGAUGGAAGACACAAAAUUAAAGGGUUUGGAGAUCUGCCAUCCACAGGAACGUAACAUUUUCAACAGAAUCUUUGGAGGCUUUCUCAUGAGAAAAGCAUAUGAACUUGGAUGGGCUACUGCCUACAGUUAUGGAAACUCCAGACCUUAUGUGGUAGCUGUAGAUGAUAUUAUGUUUCAAAAACCAGUUGAAAUUGGAUCCUUACUAUUACUUUCUUCCCAGGUAUGUUAUACUGAAAAAAAUAAUAUCCAGGUUCGGGUGCAUAGUGAAGUGUAUGAUCCAGACACCAGGGUACACCAUACAACCAAUGUCUUCCAUUUCACAUUUAUGAUAGAGAAGGAAAUACCAGAUGUUGUUCCCAAGACAUAUGGUGAAUCUAUGUUGUAUUUGGAUGGAAAACGGCACUUUGAUUCAGUUAUGAAAGAAAACACAACAUAGGAUCUGCAUAGAGUUAUAGCUUUGGAUGACCUUGGAAACUUCAAACAUAAUGGUUAUCA